AAUAAAAACUUGUAACAAAAUGUUCCAAAUCGCAUAUAAAACAUCAUAAUUAGCACAUUACCCAACGAUAUCUUUGCAAAAAGAUAUAAUGAUCGAAACGAUAACUCCAAUACAUGCUCAUUAUCUCGCAUCGAUAUAUUAUCUUAUCAGAUAAGUUCAGUAAAUACAACUCAGCUGUGUAACACAAUGCAUUCAUUGCUGGCCGGCAACACCCGCGUUGCACUUAUCAGGUGUUUAAAGUUCUGCGAUUAGUGAUUGUAAUCAAAGUUGAUUGAUAAUCAUUCGGUUAAUGCAUGGAACUAAGCCUAGAUAAGUUAGAGUGUUUAGGUGCAGUGUUUGAAGAUUUUAUGCGAGUAAUACCAUGUGCUACAACUAAAACAAUGGACAAGUUGAUGUCCUUCUUCCAGCCAGAGAAGCGGCGGGCCAGCAAAAAAGAAGAGGACUUGGAGGAGCGAGAUGUAUCGGUGGCCGAGGAUAGGAGGAAAUGGUCCAUUUCCCGGUCGGGCCGCAUGAAACAGGCCAAUAAGAAGAGGCAUAGCGUCGCUAAAGAUCUUUAUGGAGAGGCUUGCGUUCCUGUAGAAAAACCAAAAACUCUGGAGUACCACGUAAACAUUCCCGUCAAACCUGUGGAGGCAUCCAAACCUGACGGGAGCCCUAGCGAACCAAAGUCUCCAGAGGAGGAGAUCGAGAGUGCGUUUGAAAUACUGGAUAAAGAGGAUAAAAUUGAUAAGUUGGAUGCUUCCUAGAGUCGAACCUAGCUAACUGUCACAGACUUUGCAAUUACAACGCGUAGUGACACUAUCAUACUUUGUUACGUCUAAGUCGGUGGAGAGUUAGCUUAGACGGACUUUAGCAGCAUAUGUGUGAUAAGUUUAAAAACCUGUACCUACUUUUAUAAAAGUCUGAGAUCCCGAAAGUAAGCUAAACAGAUGGUCUGUACGUGUAAACCAGUAAUUGUUAACUAAUGUAUAAUUUUAUAACAAUUAAUAUCUACUCGGCUACGAUUUAUCAAUUUUGAAUAGAUUAGAUACAAUCUUAGAUAUCUCGUAUAAUUAGUUCAAAAAAUCGUGUAGGUCUGCAGGUACGUAGGUAAUAGUAACAUUACUUACAUUUAAUAUAAUUAAUUAACGUUACCUAAGCUCAUUUACAUUAUCAUACAAUGUUGGUUCUACAAAAGUUUGAUAGGUACCUAAGUACUUUAAUUUUGAUCAAACAUCUGGUUCAAAUCUCUCAAGUCGUUGUUGUAGUUUAGUUGAAAAUGUAAUUUUUGACACACUUUUUUAUAACACUUUAAACUCUCGCGUUUUGUACACAUAUUUAAUUACACAAACGGGUCUACCGCGAUAUAAACAUUAAACAUUACAAUAAACAUUAAACUUUAACGGGUAGCUGCAAUUUCUUUGUCUACCCCGAACAUUUUUAUAAACUAAUUUCGGGUAGUUUAGUGGUGUUUUAUUAAUAUCUCCGUUGACAUUUGUUGGGACGUCAGUCUUUCCGUGACCACAGCUGGUGCAACUCAGCUGAAACGUCGGAAUUAAAGGUAAAAACAAUGAAAUUAUAUCGCGGUAGACCAGUUUGUGUAAUUAAAUACACUUUUUUAUAUACCUACUGAUAAUUAAUGCUCAACCGACUUUAAAAAAAGGAGGUUUUCUAUAGUAGUAUGUAGCUAGACUAGCUAGGUAGGUACUUAUAUUUUGUGAUAAUCAUAACUAAUCAUAAGGCUAAGUUAAUAAAGUGAAAAACUAAGAAAUAGGUAAGAUUUUAAUUUGUAUUCUAGAAGAAAUAAUCAUUAUGUACUUAAUCACCAAAAUAAACCAUUUUCUUUGAUAUUGUCCAAGAUAAAAUAAGUUUAGCUACAUGCUAAAACUGAUUAAACAGUAUGUGUACUAGGAAUAGGUGCAUUUCUGAUAAUAUGUCGGCAAAGAUAUGCAAUCUUAUUAUAAUUUUACAAACAUUGCCUAAUUGCAAUAUGUUGCCGCUGCUUUUGAAAGCGAUAUGCUAUCUUUUUUUCGGCGGCACUAUCUUAUAUUUUAACAAUCUAGAUUUCGGUGCUACUUAGCUACGCUAAUUUGGGCCGUCAAAAUAUUAACUUUGAUCAAAUAAUUAUUGAUGGUACCUAAAAGAGAUUUAUCUACGGUCUAAAGAAACGUGCCUCUGAGUUUGACAGCUGAAGUACAGUCGACGUCAAAGACAUGUUUAAAUUUUUCGCCUUAUUACAAAGGAAUAAGGUGCAAAAGUGGAAAUAUAUCUUUGACCAGGCGUGGCUCACUCCGCGAUUUCGUCGCUUUGCUACAGGUAGCUAAAAGUACAUCCGUUCGGCCUCAAUUUUGGGGUUUGCCAUAAGCCGCGCGUGGCGCUGUCGCCACCUAGCGGCCAUAUCUGUGCUGAUCGUAACAGACGCGUUUUGUUAGAGAGUGAGGCUUCUGUACCUAGUACUAUUAUUUAUUCUGUGCUUUGACGUCGACUGUAGAUGGCAUUUUUAAGCGCCAUGAUUUGUAAUUAGUGAGUUUUGGUUGUCACUUGACGAUAUAAUAAUAUGGCUCGUACAACGCCAUCACUAUUACUAAGACUCCACUGUCUGUCUGUCACCAGGCUGUAUCUCAUGAACCGUGAUAGUUAGACAGUUGAAAUUUUCUCAGAUGAUGUAUUUCUGUUGCCGCUAUAACAACAAA